AUGGUUGUAGAGCUCUCGGGGUCGGGCGAGAAAAACGGACCAACGGCGACACAGAGGGCCGAUGCCCUCUACGCCGACCUCCGCCGGGUGUUUGCCGGUGAGGAGGGGGUCCGUCUCGCCCGCCCCAUCAGAAAGGCGGAGCUGCGGCUCCGCGGCCUCGACCGAUCCCUGGCGGCUGCCGAUAUUGCGGCGGACGUAUCCAGGGAGGGGGGCUGCGUGGUGGCGAACGUGCGGGUUGGAGACAUUAAGUUCCCAACCCGCGGCCUGGGCACUGUAUGGGUACAGUGCCCAUUGAGGGCCGCUAAUAGAAUAGCGGCAGCCCGGGCCAUCCAAGGACCAAGUAGGAUGGUCCCGGGCACAAGCGGAGCUGCUGGACAAGCGCCCGCUCCAAUGCUAUAG